AUGAAGUCGAACUUUCAGUUCUCGAACCUGUGCGGUACCGUGUACCGCCAGGGCAACGUGGUCUUUACGCCGGACGGAAACAGCGUCCUGUCGCCUGUGGGCAACCGCGUGAGCGUGUUUGACCUCGUCAACAACAAGUCGCGUACCCUGCCAUUUGAGAACCGCAAGAACAUUGCGUGCAUCGCGCUUUCGCCCGAUGGGCAGGUGCUCAUCUCGAUUGACCAAGAUGGCCGCGCCCUUCUCGUCCACUUCCGCAAGGGAACUGUGCUCCACCACAUGAACUUCCAGAAGCCCGUGUCUGCAGUCGCGUUUACCCCCAACGGCAAGUACUUUGCCAUUGGCCACGGCAACCACGUCCAGGUGUGGAACACCCCCAGCCACCUCGCGCGCGAGUUUGCCCCCUUUGUCCUUCACCGCGAGUACACUGGCCACCAGGAUGAGGUUGUCAGCAUCCACUGGAGCAAGACUUCGAGGUACUUCCUCACCACUUCGCGCGACAUGACUGCCCGUCUGUACACUCUGGACCCCCUCGAGGGCUUCAAGCCCAAGUCGUUUGGUGGUCACCGCGACAUGGUUGUCGGCGCGUGGUUUUCCGAAGACGAGAAGACCAUUUACACUGUCUCUCGUGACGGUGCCGUCUUUACUUGGAACGCCAAGAAGACGGCCGCUGAGGAUGACUCGGACGUCGAGAUGGACAUUCUCGACUUGCCAUCCACCUCUGCCUCGGCGGCUACUGUCGCCGACCACACUGUCGCGUACACCCGCUGGGGUAUUACUACCCGCCACUUCUUCAACCAGGCCAACACCAAGGUCGCUUGUGCCACCUUCCACCCCCAGACCUCGCUCCUCAUUGUCGGUUUCUCGACUGGUGUCUUUGGUCUGUGGGAGAUGCCCGACUUUACCCCCGUGCACACCCUGUCGAUCUCGAACGAGAAGAUUUCCAGUGUUGCCGUCUCGGCUUCUGGCGAGUGGCUGGCGUUCGGUGCCAGCAAGCUCGGUCAGCUCCUUGUCUGGGAGUGGCAGUCGGAGAGCUACGUCCUCAAGCAGCAGGGCCACUACUUUGACAUGAACACGCUCGCGUUCUCGCCCGACGGACAGAACGUGGCCACCGGUGGAGAGGACGGCAAGGUCAAGCUGUGGAACGCGUCCAGUGGCUUCUGUUUUGUCACAUUCCCGGAACACUCUGCGUCCAUCUCGGCCGUCGAAUUUGCCAAGCAGGGCCAGGUCCUGUUCUCUGCCUCGCUGGACGGCACUGUUCGCGCCUUUGACCUUGUGCGAUACCGCAACUUCCGCACAUUCACCACCCCAACCCCAGUCCAGUUCUGCUCGCUCGCCGUCGACCCCUCGGGAGACGUCGUGUGCGCUGGUUCGCUCGACUCGUUUGAGAUUUACAUGUGGUCGGUCCAGACCGGCAAGCUCCUCGACAUUCUCUCCGGCCACACCGCCCCCGUGUCUGGCCUCUCCUUUUCGCCUACGGGCAACCAGCUCGCCUCGUCGUCGUGGGACCGCUCGGUCCGCCUGUGGGGUGUCUUUGGCCGCGCACGCGAGAGCGAGCCCAUCACCGUUUCCAGCGAGGCGACCGCCCUGGCGUUCCACCCGGACGGCAAGGAGUUGGUGGUCGCUACCCUCGACGGCCAGUUGUCGUUUGUGGACGUGGCCGAGGGCGAGAUCAAGAGUGUUAUUGAGGGAAGGCGUGACAUUUCCGGCGGUCGCAAGAACGAGGACAUGAUGAGCGCUGCCAACAACCAGGCGUCCAAGUACUUCAACUCGGUUGCGUGGACUGCGGACGGCAGCUGCGUGCUGGCUGGUGGCCAGAGCAAGUAUGUGGUCAUCUAUGACCGUGUCGAGGGUGUCAUGGUCAAGAAGUUCCAGAUUUCCGAAAACCUCUCGCUCGACGGUACCCAGGAGAUGCUCGACUCGCGUAAGAUGACCGAGGCCGGUAACCUGGAUGCCCUGGACGACGCUGCCGCCGACGAGUCGGACCUCGAGGACCGUCUCGACAAGUCGCUUCCCGGUGCCCAGAAGGGUGACCUCAGCAAGCGCAAGUACCGCCGUGAAGCACGGACCAGCUGUGUGCGCUUCUCGGCCACUGGUCGCUCGUGGGCUGCCGCAUCGACCGAGGGUCUCUUGAUCUACACUCUGGAUGAAGGUACCUCGUUUGACCCCUUUGACCUGUCACUCGACCUCACUCCCGAGGCCGUCCUUGCGACCCUCUCGCAGGGCGACCACCUCGUCGCUCUUGUCAUGGCCCUCCGCCUCAACGAGGCCGCUCUCCUCCAGCGCGUCUACGAGGCUAUCCCUCCCGGAGACGUGCGCCUCAUCGCCCGCCAGCUGCCACCAGUGUACGCCCCGCGCCUGCUGAGGUUUAUCGCCGAGCACGCCGAGUCGACCCCGCACGUCGAGUUUGACCUCGUGUGGACUGCCGCCAUGCUCACGAGCCACGGCCGCCUGAUGCGCGAGCGCAAGGGCGAGAUGGCCCCCGUCCUCCGUGCGCUGCACAAGAGCGUCAUGGGCUUUGAGAGCAGCAUCGCAAAGCUCUGCGACGACAAUGCGUUCUCACUCGCGUACGUCAUCUCCCAGAACCGCCGCGCAGAGGAGGUCCUCAACAGCCAGGCAAACGACGAGGUCCUUUACUAG